UUAUUCCACUCGCUUUUUCUUUGCUCAAUACAAGAGCACAACACCAACUAAGACCCAAAACUGGAGGGUUUUGGAUUGAAGUUUUUACAUUUUUAGUAGAUGGGGAAGGUUACAACUCUUUUCGGCAGCACUUUCAUAUUAAUUUAGCUACUUUUCAAGCUAUUGUGGCUCGUUUAGAAACUCAUCCAGUUUUUAUGUCAAACACACCUAAUGCAACACCUGUGUGGAAACAGGUUGCAAUUGUAUUAUGGCGGCUAGCAAAUGGGGUUGGAAUACGAAUGCUAGAGCAAACAUUAGGCAUAAGCCAAGGAUCUCUACAAAGAUCAUGUUUAGUAACUGUAAUACGAGGAUUUGAAAAUAGUGAAGCCGAAUUUGAAAACCCUAAAUUACCAAAUGUUAUCAGUGCAAUGAAUGGAUCUUAUAUACCUAUUUAUCCACCUUCUGAAAAUGGUGUACGAUAUGUUAAUCAUAAAAAUUUUCAUUUUAUAAAUCUUCUGGCAGUUGUUGAUCAUGAAGGGCAUUUUACAUAUAUACAUGCUGAUGAAGCAGGCUAG